CCUGACUCCGGUGGUGAGAUUUAGCUAGGCCGGCCCCUCUUCACCACGCGGGCUGGCGGCUUCGAGUGUCCGAAUGUCGCCUGCGGCCACAACAGGUUGGGAGGCUUGUCUCGCUUGAACCGGCGCCAUGACCCGCCUUGUAAGACUUGCACAAAAUGAGCAGAAUUGCUGGUGUGCUUGUACCUGUGAGCAGCUGACCCAUUUAGGACCAUGUGCUCGGUGUGUCCCACUUUUCCACUUUUCUCUGCAACCUCGACCUCAUCUUGCGAGUGAUAGCUUGUGUGAUAUAAUAUACUGGAGUACAGAGUGUGACACUAUGCAUAUUCAUGUAGGGGUUUUGUAAUACAUACAGUAGAUCCAAAAAGUCUACACACCCCUGUUCAAAUGCCAGGUUUUUGUGAUGUAGAAAAAUUAAACCAAUUUCAAAACUUGUUCCACCAUUUGUGUGAGCUGUACUGUACAAUUCAUCUGGAAAAAACAUACUUUAAAGAGGGUAAGUAAAAAUAAACAAUGAAAAUAAUGUGGUUGCAUGUGUUCUUUUCGUGAUGAGUUUUGUUUACACCAAACAUCCAUCCAUCCAGCCAUCCAUUUUCUGAGCCGCUUCUCCUCACGAGGGUCGCGGGCGUGCUGGAGCCAAUCCCAGCUAUUAUCGGGCAGGAGGCGGGGUACACCCUGAACUGGUUGUCAGCCAAUCGCAGGGCACAUAUAAACAAACAACCAUUCGCACUCACAUUCACACCUACGGGAAAUUUAGAGUCUUCAAUUGACCUACUAUGCAUGUUUUUGGGAUGUGGGAGGAAACCGGAGUGCCCGGAGAAAACCCACGCAGGCACGGGGAGAAUAUGCAAACUCCACACAGGCGGGUCGGGGAUUGAACCCCCGGACCUCAGAACUGUGAGGCAGGCUUGAUUUCAUGGGACCAUAACACAUUUUCCCACAAGUGUUUUGGAGACUGUUCAAGUAAGGUUGAACAUUUUGGCCAUAUUUCCAAAAGGCAUAUUUGGCGCAAAGGCAACGCUGCUCAUCACCAAAAGAAAACUAUGGUGGCAGCAUCAUGCUUUGGGGAUGUUUUUCUUCAGCUGGUACUGGGACCAUUGGCAAGGUGGAGGGGAAAAAGCUUCAAGUUUCUGCUAGAAAGCAAAAAAGAAUAAUCAGAAAUUUAUUUGGGGUUCAUCAGAGGCACUUUAAACGGUGGCAGGUGUGUGCUGACUCUCAUUUAACAUGAGUUUAAUAGUGAUUGGUUAAUUUUGAAUAUCCAGUUGUCAGAGGGUGUGUAUGCUUGUGCAACCACAUUAUUUCAGUUGUUCAGUUCUACUUUGCCUCUCAAAAAUGACUUUUUUUCCAGUUGAGUUUUACAGGUUUCUUUGCACGUUAAUGGUGAAUUUUUAUUUUUAUUUUCAUUUAUUUUUUUUUAUAUCACAAAACAUUUGAACCGGGGUGUGUUGAAUUUUUUAUUUUUAUUUUUUUUUUCUCCCCCCCCGAUCCGCUAUCGUGUCUGAAAGUGGUUGCUUAAUGGAGCACUUAAAGGGCAGAUUGUCUUCCAUUUUAGCCACAGUGUCCAACGAAAAAUCUCUUACUCUCUAUCAUUUCGUAGCUCACUGCCUGGUGCACACGCUGGCCGUUUCAUGCUGUCAUAUUCCCAUUUCCCACCCUCUGUUUUUACCCUCCUCCUCUCCGCUCCCACACAUGCAUGCAGAUGCGCACACACUUUUCUCUCCAUCCCCCUCUCUUUUUUUCCCUCUCCAUCCUCGUAUUCACCAGCGACGACACCCAGCAGCCUCUCUCUCUGUGAGCCAGUGGAUCCGUCGUACUUGACUAAUUAGCAUUGAAGUGCUGUUGAAGAUCAUCAUGCUCAUCUCAACGACCUAGCAGCAGGCGUACAUAGGUUGGUGAUCAAGUGGCAGAAGUGAGGAGAGGUUCUGCUUUGGGGAAAAAACAGAAACGGAACCGCAGAAUGAACUGCUGGAGAAAAUCCUGCUAGAAGGGGAGACUCCGAGGAAGCCCUUGUUACAGCAAGAACCAACCAGAGGUUUAAGAUGAUUUCCACACGGCUGGCGGCCCAGAGGCAGGAGAUGAAACUUCUCGGUGACAGCAGCUAUCAGAAGACCAGCACCUACAUUGUACCCUGCUUCCUCUUUGUCGAGCUGGUCAUCAUGGCAGGGACCGUGUUGUUGGCGUACUACUUUGAGUACACGGACACCUUCCCCGUGCACAUCCAGGGCUUCUUCUGCUUCGACAAAGCGUACUCCAAGCCGUACCCGGGACCUGAGGACUACAGCAAGGCGCCGCCCGUCCUCGUCUACUCCCUCGUUACCGCCAUCCCCACUGUGACGAUUCUGAUUGGAGAGGUGACAAGUUUCUUUGUCAAGUCAGAGGGAGCUCAGGAGAAGACCAUCGUGACCGCAGACUGCUGCUAUUUCAACCCGCUCCUCCGCAGGAUCGUACGCUUUCUGGGCGUCUACUCCUUCGGCCUCUUCACGACCACCAUCUUCGCCAACGCGGGUCAAGUGGUGACGGGCAACCAGACGCCUCAUUUCCUGAGCGCCUGCAAGCCCAACUACACGGCGCUGGGCUGCCAGUCUUCGCUGCAGUACAUCACGGAGCAACGCGCCUGCACGGGAAACCCUUUCUUGGUGGCGUCCGCGCGCAAGUCAUUCCCCUCCAAAGAUGCGGCGCUCAGCUUUUACUCGGCCAUCUAUACUGUGAUGUAUGUGACCCUGGUUUUCCGCACUAAGGGCACCCGUCUGACCAAGCCGACUCUGUGCCUGGUGCUGCUGUCUCUGGCCGUGCUGGUGGGCGUGGUGAGGGUGACGGAGCACAGGAACCACUGGAGCGACGUCCUGGCCGGGUUCAUCACCGGUGGAGCCAUCGCCGCCUUCUUGGUGUCUUGCGUGAUCAACAAUUUCCGGCCGGCCCAAACAGCGACCCCGAACACUCUGCGUCCGGCGCCGCAACCUUUGGAGACGCCGGCCGGGAUUCCUCUGCUGAGUCUGCCUCGUGUUGAGAGUCCACUCGAAAAGCUCCAGGGCUACCAUAUUCUGAGAUCACAUGACCCUCGGCCCAUCCCGCACCCCACCCCCGUGCACCACCCCUUGCGGAGGUGCCUCACCAGCUCAGUCUAGACCGGCCUGACGACGGCGCCACCCAGCCAUGCCCCGCCCACCGCGGCGGCCGGCUUCCUCUCCGCCGGGUGAAGUCCACGCAGGUGUGAAGGCCCGCGGUGGGAACGGCGGCGCAAGCUCGUUUGCCGGCCCGCCGAGGCGACCGACCGACCGGCCGGCCGGCUUCUGUCUUGUUCGUCCUUUUUCCCCCCUCUCCUCUCUCGGGAGCGAAAGAGCCGAGGAAAGGCUCGUUAAAGCCAGCUGCGUCGAAGCAAUACACCACCUCCUGUCCGCUCGCCCCCGCCGACACUCCGCAAUGAGAUUAACACUUGUUGGCUGCCGCCGAUCAAACACUCUGAUCAUCCAAACUUGGCGGAGCAGACUCUUUGCGGACCGGGGGAGAAGCCUCGUAAGACCACUGGAGAUGUUUUUAUGUUGUCGUUUGUUUUUGACGCUCAGGACAAUUCAGAGAUGUUUAUAUGUCAACAAAUACACAUCGCAAAGAUGCUUUCUAUCCUCUAAAGCGGUGUUUCACAACAUUUCUCGAGCCAUGGGGUUGAGGGGGGUUGUUGUUGUUUUAUCAGCGAGAAGUAUAUUAUGCAGGUCUGUUUUACCUUCUGCCCUCUCGUGGAAGAGCGUUUCAUCAUUCUGCCUGUCACUAUACACCGCCGGAAUAGAAAGGCAGAUGAACAAAGGGAAAUCAUUUGUAGCUCAUAAAUCAUUUUUGGACCACGUAAAUAAAGUUGAAUAAUUUCCCGCAGCACACCUGAUGAUCUCUCUUGGCACAGCGGCACAUACGUCCCGGUAUGCACGGAGCAUUUCUAGCGGUCGAUUAAUUUUUCAAAUAUAUAAUGAAUAAAUGUACUUCUGUUUUGGUCCCUUAAAGCUGACAACAAUAAAGGUGUGAAUUACAGGCAGAACAUGUGACUGUUUUAACAAUACUUUGUCCUUUAGUAUUUGUUUUACUUUACAACAGAGAGAAAAAGCUGCAAAAAUAGACAAAUACAUUGGCAGAGUUUUCUUUGUUUUAGGCGACCUGGGCAAAAUCUAUUUUUAAAAAUUCCUACGUGACUAAAUCACAGCUUUUGCAAUGUACACGAUAAAUGGGAAGAAUCUUCAGCGCGACUGACUUCGUGAUUGCUCCAUUCUCAAAUCAAUGUGGAAAUGAUUCUGCUCCUGUUUUCUUCUUUCUGUUCUGCGGGAAUUGAACUCACUCGUCACUGUUUCUUGAGAAAUAGUUACUAUAGGGGUCGUACACGUCGGCAAUUAGAGCAACCCAAUUGCUAUGUUUGCAGCUCUGUUGUUAGUGGAAGCAAGUGCACGUCAGCUAGCAAUGAGGGAUAAAUAUUGGUAACAUUGCUUUCUUUUAAACGGGUCAUAUUUGGGUCAAAAUGUGAAAGAUUUCUCCCCCUGGAAAGUGGAGGUGGGGGGGGGGGCUACCUUUCGAAAUAAGGUACAAAGUGUGUGGCGGUUUAUUAAAACAAGAUCAGAUUUGUGGACCAAGUAUGGAAGACAGACUCCAGAUUGCAGGAUUAAGUAUGAACGACGUUUCAGUUUUUGCGUGGCACAAGACGUUUAUGGCGUCAAAGACAGUGUGCGAUAAAGGGCGGGAUGACAAAGCAACAAAUACUUCAAUAUCUACGAUUUACUUGAACUCAGUUUCACAUUCAUUGGCUUUUGUAAUACCUUUUGUUCAACUGUAAAGAGACUUUAUGGACACUGUGCACAAGUGUGAUUAUCUUGUCAACUCUCCUAACUUCACAGCUGUUUUCUCAUCAAUGAAAUGUCAUGCCGCUGGCCAGAAAAAAAAAAAAAAGAAAGAAAGAAAAGUUGGACAACCCGGCCUUUCACACAGAGAUCCUACAAAAUUAACCGCAUCAGAGUCAUAAGAGUAACAGCCGUGACAUCUGUCAUUUAUCCGCUUUUGCCUUCGACAAACAACGUACUCGUUUUUGUUAUUGUGUUGUGCACUGAGUGAUGUGAUAGAAGGGACACUUACUGUAUACGCCACCAAAUGUUAGCUACUAACAUAUGUCACUAUGUUAUAUUUGGAUGCUGUCAGAAAACAAGAGAGAAAAAAAACAAAAAAAACACCAAUUCAACAAAGCAGAAGAGUCCAGUUGCCUCAAUUCAACCUUGACCUCUUGACCUCUAUGACUGAGCAUCUUCACCGACAUAAAGAAAGAAAGCACAGUGGUAGUUUUUAUUCAUGUUGUGACAGUAAGUUUCAAAAAGACUUUGACAAUUAUGCUGUUAGGCUAACAAAAUAUAUUUUCAUGUGUGUGUUUCUCUUUUUUUUUUUCUUCAGAUCUCUUUAUUGAUGUGCCGUUCAUUUUGUUGCGGCUUAAUUCCAGAAUAUUGGGCUCGGCUCGGACCGGCGCCUAACACGGAAGAAUUUUGUACAGUAAAUUAAAUGUUUUCUUACACCUCACACGAUACGCUUAUAUGAUUAUGUUUAAUAUGUGGGACAAAUGUUAAGAUUACAAAAGCCCCGGGAAUGUAAAAUGAAUCUCAGCACCCCUAAAAUGAUGUCCUUUAAACAGCCCCAAUAAGUGUAAAAGCAUACAGUACUUGCUUGAAAUGGAAUAUUUUAACAAGAAAAACUACAGCACCCCACCAUUGCCUCAAAAAUGGUUUGCGCCAAACUUUACGUCUUUCUCGGCAAUUUAUGAGAGUUCUUGAAGCAGCCCUAAACUAAACAUCCCCGUCCACCAACAGCAAGAAAAACAAUAUAUUAUAUAAUAUUAUACCUCGCAGAUUAUCUGCAUUAAACUGUUUCAGUUGGAAUUUUUCUAACAAAAAAAAAGAAAAAUGUGGGGGGGUGGUGACUCAGAAAUGUCCAAAUUAUGUUCUUUUCAUGUUUUGUAUUUAGCAAAAUAAACCGCAAUUACCACAGCACAAAUGUUGUCGCUUCAAAUGAUGUAAGACACACACGAUAUUAUCUUAACACACGAAGGAGAUUUUAAAAAUGCUAAUAACAAUGCUCAGUUAUUGGUUGAGACUGUCACAGGUUUGAUUUUUUUCCAAAUAUGUUUGUUAUCUUGUUUUAACCUUGGUUGCAGUAACCGAAAUAUUCAAAACUGCAUUUGUAUCGGCUCACGAUAGAUUGUCUGUAAUAAAGUGAAUAAUAUUAACAAUC